UCCAUUAUUUCGCCCGGCUUAUGCGAACGCAGAUUAUUUGCGGAGUUCGCAGUCUUGCGGACUUAUCGCCCGGCGCGCGCGACAGGUCUCUUUGUUGCGUAUAUCGUGCGCCGAUUUCGAUCCGUUUCCAUCAUUUCGAAGGCAGUACACCGCGACACGACGAUGGUGCAUCCUACCCAAGAAGUGGAGCUCGUAGCGCCGACGAUUAUCGCGGUUCACGAGAGCAAGCUGUCCAGGAACUGGAGAUGGGGAAUCACUCACAAUGUCAACAUGUACAGGCGACUGCUGCACUGGCUGUUCGCCAACUACAACGACAUCGAGCUGCCGAGUCCCGAGGACGCGAAACCGGCCUACAGUCUGGAGAUCACGAGCUCGCAGGAGCAAAGCCUGUACGACUUCGUGUUUUUGAAUGCGAAGAUGGACAUCGAGACUUGCAGGAGACGCAUCUCGGUCAUUGCGCCGCAUUGGACGAACGUCUUGCGGCACGUUGAAGCGAUGAGGUCCAAGUGUGAUCCGGAUCAAGUUCCGAAGGAUUACUUAGAAACUGUAUAUCCGCCGCAUUUUACAUUCAUGAGAACGUGUUAUAUGAGGCUGAUCGAAAGGUGGUUCGAUAUCUGCUAUUCUCCCGAUGACAUCUUCAAACUCAGCCCUAAUACGAAAAAAAAGCUGAACGAAUUCUUGGAUAAAAUAAAUAUAGACACCAAGCAGAUGCCAAAAAUUCCGUUGCAGUUGAUUAAAAUAUGCAAUUUUUCAAAAAAGUUGGUCAGCUCUUUGACUUGUAACUGGCCUGUAUUUUUAAAGAAGUUCUUCUUUCUGGAUUUCUGCUACAUCUUCAGAAAAGGUAAAAUGCCUGCUUUGGUCUAUCAACCUCCAAGCCUGACAAGAGAAUGUGCCAAUCCUACUGGCGAGGUAAAAGUGAAAAUUAAUUUUCACGAAAUGAAUAAAUUAUAUAACUCAUCAAAAUCAAAGAAACAAAAUAAUCGCAGUAUUAAUAAUUCAUCAUCGCAAUGCAAAACUGUGGCAUCCACAAACCUACGCCGUUCAAAGAGAUAUCAAUUCAACCCAUUUGAAUCAGAUGACAAAUCUUUACUUAAACAUUUGUUGCCGCCAGAAAGCUUAGCUGCUAACCCAGCAACAAAUACAGAGGAAUCAUCAACAUCAGCUGAAAAUAUGAUUCUAUCUUCACCAGCAAGUUUGACAUUGAAUGUGUCACCAAGUACUGAGCAGGUGACUUGUUUACGCCAGCAGCAACCAGCAGUCUCUUCAACUGUUAUUAAUUCUACAACUAAUUCAAGUCCAAAUAUUACGAGCUGUGCUGAGAGUCUUAAUAAAAAAACAAAUUCAUCAAAAAAGCGAAAAAUUGAUUACAGUGACCAUUCUAAUAAUAGUUCUGAUGAUGAUAAUAGUAGCUAUUCUAAUGAUGAUCAAUCAAUAGUCGAAGAAGAAACUAUAUCUCAUGAUUCUACUUACAAUAAUAAUUCUACAAUUAGUGAAACACCUCAUCCAUCUAAAAGAAAAGUACCCCGUUUGAAAUUGGAUUCUUCAUUGAAAAGGAACAUUUUUUCUUGUAAUUCAGUUUCAACUAGUGCGAUAGCAGAUAAAGAAGAGGCUGCCAAUUCAAAACAUGGUGAUGAUGUUUCAGCGAAAGAAACAAUGAAACAAGUAAUAGAAAAUGUAGAGAGCAUUGAAGACGAUGACGUUAUUUUUCUUAAUCAAACGCGCAAUAAUUCAAAUACCAUUGAAGAUGAAAAUCUGAAGUCUUUUCUCAGUUCUGGAUGGUUUGACCAAGUUUGGAGUCCUGGAAUGGACAAGUAUUUGAUGAGGUACAUUUGUGCCAAUCCAGUGUGUCUUGAAGAACUUAAUUGUGUACAGCUACACAACAAACUAUUGGCAGCAUACCCUGACAUAUUCAACGGAACGAACUCUGAAACCUUGAGGCACAGAGUAGGUUUUUUGGCCAAUUCAGAAAGGCUUAAAAAAUUAUGUGGUUAUAACAAUAUUAAAUCACAAAAAGAAAAGCAAAUUUUUGAGAGCAAAUUAGUAAAACUGAGAGAGUGGAUGAAUGAGUUCGGAGAAAAUUUCUCUCUAUUAUAUAUUUAAGAGAUUUAUCAUUAUAAAGUUAUUGUCCUGAUUCAAUUGUUUUGUAUCUUGAAAUUAGAAAGGUAUUUUUUUACUAAAUGACUCAUUUAUCUUUAUGAAAAUCAAUUUAAAAAAAUAUAUAACCAAGUAGAAGUUUAAAAUCAUGGUAAAUGAUGAAAAUCAUUUCAAUUACCUAAGGCGCCAAAAAAAAAGAUUAUUAUCUUGCUUUAAUUUUUUUAGCUCAUAAUGUCU